AUGGUGGCCCAGCCUAACAGUCCAGUAGCUGACUGGCCUUCCCAGUCAAGCUCCUCCGAUAAUGAAAAGGGAAAUGAGACCGACCGUUCACAACCUCAAGACACUUCGCUAGACGCCAAACCAGCAGAAGUAGAGUUUGACAACCCCCGAGGUUGGAUCGCUGUCGCUGCUGCAGCUUGCUCACUCUUCGUCUAUCUCGGUGUUAUUUAUUCCUGGGGCAUCAUGCAAGUCAGACUUGUUGAAGUGACCGGAACAAGCUUAACGACUCUAACAUUCGUUGGAUCUCUCGCCACGUCUUUCAUGAUCUCACUCAGCAUCCUAUCUGGUAUAGCUAUUCGUAAGCUCGGCUACCAGAAGACAGCCCUGCUUGGUGGUAUCCUGAUGGGUCUGGGGGAGUUCCUCGCCAGUUGGACAGUAAGGCAUAUUGGUGCCCUUUUUGCGUUCCAUGGUGUCAUCUUUGGAAUAGGCGGUGGGCUGUCCAUUUUUGCAUGUUCGACUGCUCCUCUCCGGUGGUUCAAGCGACAUCGAGGCUUGGCGAUGGGUAUCGUGUUCGGCGGAGGCAGUCUUGGUGCAGCUGUCAUGAGUAUUGCGACAAAUCUACUUGUCAAGAAACUUGACGUUGCGUGGACAUUUCGCAUCCUGGGUCUAAUGCUAUGGGGAGUCUGCGUCCCGGCGUCGUAUUUCAUCCAGCAACCCGAAGGGUCGAUCAACGCAGGGUUAACGCUUCAAUGGUAUCGGUUCAAGCAACCACGAUUCCUGCUCAUCGUCGCUGGAACAUCAUUGUCUUGCUUCCCACUGUUCAUCCCGCCGUACUUCAUCCCCAUUUUCUCUAGAUCCAUGGGCUACUCCAACCAGAUUGCUAUUGUAAUACUGGCAGCUUGGAACUUGGCUUCCACUGUCGGCCGGGUUCUGGGUGGUUAUACAGCCGACCACCUGCUAGGUCCCCUGAACAGUCUGAUCGUCUGUCUACUGUUCAUCGGUCUCAGCUCACUUGUUGUCUGGCCCUUAGCUUCCACAGUUGGAAUUUUCUCAGUUUUCCUCAUUUUCAACGGCAUUGGGUGUGGUGCGUUCUUUAGUCUUGUCCCUCCCAUGCUUGGUGCAACGAUGGGUCCAGAGAACACGCUCGGUGUUUUGCCUCUUGUAUGGACUACCUGGUUUUGCGGUUUCUUCUUCGGCACUCCAAUCGCAUCGGGUAUCUAUUCGCUGGCGGGGCAUGGUGAGUCUGGAGGUGUCACCAUCUUUCGACCUGCGGCGUACUACGCUGGGGGCAUGAGCAUUCUUGGUCUCUUCUUCAUUCUUUAUAUUCGGUUGAGUCUUACAAAAAGAUUAUUUGUCUGUAUAUAA